GAGGAGGUGGUGGUGUGGGGGCAAGAAGAGGGGGCUCGAGAAAGAAAAGUGUGAGGGCUGUGUCUGGGGGAAGCAGAAGUGAUGAGAGAGCGAACGGGGAGGCUGGAGGAGGCUGCCCGUCCUGCUGCUGCAGCACCCCCGCGGCCACCGCUGCUGCCCCGCCGCCCCCCGCCCGCUCCAUGGAGGCUCUGAACGGACCUGGACACAACCCCGGUCCCGGCCCGGGACCCGGCGAUGCUCUACGACAUCCUUCUUCUCCUUCGCCCGGCCACCACCAUCCGCACGCCGAGAAGAAGCGGCUGCACCGCGCCCCUUCGCCCGCCAGACCCUUCCUCAAGGACCUCCACACCCGCUCCGCCGCCGCCACCGCCGCCAAGCCGCCGCCCGCACCCCCUAAAUCCCCCGGCCUUUCCAGCCGGCCUCCUCCGUCUCCGCACCCGGGAGCCCACCCGCCGGCCGCGGGGCUCCUGGCAGCACCGGGCCGCCUCUCCCGCCGCCCCACCGCCCCGGGGGGCAAGGCCGCCGCCGCCGCCGCCGGCACCGCCGCGGGCAGGGCGGGUGCAAAGGCCUCCCCGUGCGCUAAGCGGGCGGCCCGCGGUCCGGAGCUGGGCCCCGGUGGUCGCGGUGGCGGGAGGCAGCCCGGUAGCGAAGGGGCCCCGCCGCCCGGUAAGGGUAAGAAGGGGAAGCGGGUCUCGGCGGCAGCGGGCAGCGGCCAUGCGGCGGCGGCUCUGGCCCGCGUCGGCCACACGGACAGCAGCUCCGACCUGUCUGACUGCCCCUCCGAGCCGCUUUCCGACGAGCAGCGCCUGGCCCCGGCAGCCAGCAGCGACGCCGAGUCCGCUACCGGCUCCAGCGACCGUGAACGGGAGGCUCUCGCCGCACAACCCGCUUCCGAGCUAACCCGCACUGGCACCGGGCGUGGAGCUCCGCCGCUUCCCGGGCCGCGGGGGGAUCCGCUGCCCGUGGCUCCGAGUGGGGGAAGAGCAUCGAGCCGCGGGGAACCGGCACCGGCGGCGGCCCCGGAGGAGCUGCAGCGGGAGGUGGAGGAGCUGCGCUCGGAGAACGAGUACCUCAAGGAUGAGCUGGAUGAGCUUCGGGCCGAGAUGGAAGAAAUGCGUGACAGCUACUUAGAAGAAGAUGUUUACCAGCUGCAGGAGCUGCGGCGAGAGCUGGACCGGGCGAACAAGAACUGCCGCAUUCUGCAGUAUCGUCUCAGGAAAGCCGAGCAGAAGAGCUUGAAAGUUGCACAAACAGGCCAUGUGGAUGGAGAGCUCAUCAGGAGCCUGGAACAAGAUUUAAAGGUAGCCAAAGAUGUUUCUGUCAGACUGCACCACGAGUUGGAGAGCGUGGAGGAGAAACGUGUUAAAGCAGAAGAUGAAAACGAAGUCCUUCGGCAGCAGAUUAUCGAGGUGGAGGUGUCCAAGCAGACGCUGCAAAAUGAGCUGGACAAGUUAAAAGAGAGUUCCCUGAAGAGAAGAGGCAGCAGAGAGAUACACAAAGAAAAAAAGACGUUUACCCAGCAGAAUUGCAGAAUGGAGCCUCUUGGAAAAGCCCAGGCAUCAGGCAAACCCCAGAGAAAAGUGGUCCUGCAGCGCAAGGAGGACAGUGCUGAUUUGAAGUGCCAGCUCCAGUUUGCCAAAGAGGAGGCAGCGUUGAUGCGCAAGAAGAUGGCCAAGCUGGGGAGAGAGAAAGAUGAACUGGAGCAGGAGCUCCAGAAGUACAAGUCCAUCUAUGGAGACGUGGACAGUCCCUUGCCUACUGGGGAGGCAGGAGGACCACCCAGCACCAGGGAGGCUGAGCUGAAGCUUCGUUUGAAGCUGGUGGAGGAAGAAGCCAACAUACUAGGCAGAAAAAUAGUGGAACUGGAGGUGGAGAACAGGGGGAUUAAAGCUGAGAUGGAGGAUAUGAGGUGCCAGUAUGAAAAAGAGUGUCUCAGCAGGGACCACAUUUCAAGCAUUCCUACCUCACCCUACGGCGACUCCGUGGAGUCAGCCACGGAGCUGCGCCGGCACCUGCAGUUUGUGGAAGAGGAAGCAGAGCUACUGCGGAGGUCGAUCUCCGAAAUCGAGGAUCACAACAAGCAGCUAACCAACGAGCUGAACAAAUUCAAGUUCGAGCCGGGCCAAGAACCGGGCUGGUUGGAUGAGACAGCCUCCAAGUGUGGUGGGACCUUGCAAGAGGAGCUGAAGUCAGCCAGGUUGCAAAUCAAUGAGCUGAGUGGGAAAGUGAUGAAGCUGCAGUACGAGAACAGGGUCCUGAUGUCCAACGUCCAGCGUUACGAUCUUGCCUCUCACCUGGGCCUGCGCACUUCCAGCCCCAGGGACAGCGACGCUGACAGCGAUGCUGGGAAGAAGGAGAGUGACAGCGAUGAGGGUCGUCCACCUCAGCCAAAGAGAGAGGGACCCAUUGGGGGUGAGAGCGACUCCGAAGACGUUUAUGAGAAGACAUCGGGUUUUGGGAGUGGGAAACCAUCGGAAGUGAGCGACCUGUGCUCCGCUGAGCUCAUCAGAGUGAAAGAGGACACCGAGUCACUAAUCAACAUCAAACGCGAGGCGGAGCGGCUGGAGCGGACCGUGGAGCGCCUUAUCACUGACACGGACAGCUUGAUCUACGACGCCAAGGUGCACAUAACCAGCAGCCCGCCCGCCCAGCAGGACCUCAGAAGCAGUGACGAAAGAGGAGAAGACAAGUACGAACCCGAGCUUCUGGACACGGUCAACGUCAGGAUGAAAGCUUUCCGGAAGGAGCUGCAGACCUUCCUGGAGAAGGUUGAUCACAUUGGAGAGGGCCUUAAGGAGCAGAUGGAAGACCUUUCCCCUCUUCCCCAUCUCACCGAGUCUUCCAGUUUUCUGUCCACGAUGACAUCCAUGUCCCGAGACUCUCCCAUUGGUAACCUGGGGAAGGAUUUAAUCACCGACUUCCAGUCCAAACUGAGGGAUCAGAUGGCGUGGCAGCUCAAACAAGACCGUGGAGAAGAGCAAGAGAUUCACCACCAGCGAGCCACCACCGACCCACACCGCAGAGCUGAUGGAGACAUUAAACUCUACAGGCCAGCAGACAAGGGCUGUUUCAGUCUAGAGAAUGUAUCGAUACAGGAGCUUCAGGCUCAGCUUGAGCAGGAGACGAGACUUCACCGAGAGGAGCAAGAAAAGUUUGCAGAGAGGAUCAUCCAGCUGGAGGAGGAGCACUUGCAGACCCUGCGGAGGAAAGACUUGGAAGUGCAGAGCCUGACUUUGCAGAACAAACUGGAGGAAAAGACCUGGAGCCAGGAGAAAAGCCUGCUGCAGCAAGAACUCAGGCAUUUCAAGCAGGACACCUUUCUGCUGUACGUCAAACUGAAGUGGCUGCUGAAACACUGGCGGCAAGGCAAGCGAAUGGAGGAGGAAAGGGAGGACGUGCUAGAGACCGAGCACCCCGAGGCCCUCCCAGACUUUGGCAUUCAGUCUGAGCAGAAGGUGGAUGAUGCAGGAAGAGAUGAAGAGGAAGAUGUUGUGUUUCCACUGGCAGAUUUCUCCCAGUGUCCCACCACGGAGAGCACUGAUCACGGACCACCACUGCAGACUGCAGAGUUACUGCAGCAGCAGAAGCAGGCAAGUGAGAACCGGAGGCUGCUGAACGCUCUGAAGGCUUUGCUGGAUGAGUUCCGCUGGGAGCUGCGGGAGGAGGAGCGCGAGCGCCAGGGCCUCCAGCAGCAGUACGCCCUGCACAAGGCAGCCUGGGAGGUGGACGUGGCUGAGCUGAAGUGCCACCUCCAACAGGUGGAAGGGAAGAGUGAGAACACCUCAGGAGAAACAGGCCUCACUUCUGAUGCAAAGGGAGCCUUUAAAAGGGAGAGAGAGGAGCACAAGAAACUUCUGGCUGAGAGUCACAGUGUAGUGAUGGACCUCCGCUGGCAAAUCCAGCACAAUGAGAAGAACUGGAACCGGGAAAAGGUGGAGCUCCUCGACAGGCUUGACAGAGAGCGGCGAGAAUGGGAGCAUCAGAGGAAGGAGCUGCUCAGGAGGAUAGAGCAGCUUCAGAAGGAAGUGAGCCCUCGAAGAGGAGGCAGUUUUCUCUGUGACCAGAAGGAGAACAACCAUCGUCCAUUCGCAGCCCAGGGCAAUCUGCACGUGCCUCGUGCCAUGGGCUCAAGGUCCUACUCCGAUUCCGACGCCAUUCAGUUUGAGGACAGGUCACUGUCCAAGCUGAAGGAGAGCGACCGCUGCAGUGCCACAGAGAACCUCUUCCUGGAGUCGCUGUCUCUUGAUUCCCCUGAUGAGUCUGAUGAGCACCGCUCCCGGCAGCUGGAGCGGGAGAAGUUCCUCACCGGAAUAACAGAGGAGGAAGAAACACACAAAGGAAACCUUCAAAGGGCGAUGUCUGUUUCCUCCAUGUCGGAAUUUCAGCGCCUGAUGGAUAUUUCCCCAUUUCUGCCAGAAAAAAACUUGCCUUUAUCGAGCAGCAAAGAUGACAUUACCCCUCCCCUGUCUCCUGACGACCUGAAGUACAUCGAAGAGUUCAACAAAAACUGGGAUUACAGUAACCCAAGGAAUCACGGUGGGGCCACUGAGAAGCCUGCAGAAGGCUGGGCGGAAAGGACAGAAAUGGGGAAAGCUGGCAACGAGCCUCCCUCAGACCCCUUUCAGGCAUCCUCGUGGUACCUCACCACCAGUGUCACCAUGACGACUAACACUGUGACCAGCCCGGAGCACUGCCAGAAGCAGCCGACGAGGAGUCACAGCGUAACAGAGAAGAUGGGAGUUCGGGUCUUCCACAGCCCCCCGGUUGUCCGCAGGUUUGAUAACUCGGUGCUCAGUGGCAGCGAAGGGAAGAGCCAGGUGGAGCCGGAUUUCCUCUUCUCUGUGACCAAAGCCAUGGGGAACGGCGCCGAGGCAAAAGGUCCUUCCGCGGACGUGUUCGGGAGGUGGUCGUGUGAGCUGGCCAAACACCACAAGGACUUUCUGGAGGGCGGUCUGCGUCCCAUCGAGCGGCCCCUUUGCACUACCGUAGGCUUUGCCUCGCCCUUGCACAGCCUGGAGAUGUCCAAAAACAUGAGUGACGACAUGAAGGAGGUGGCUUUCUCCGUGCGCAACGCCAUACGCUCCAACUCGGCAGAGCCGCAGUUCAAGGACUCCGCCUGUCAGACCAACGGCAUGAGAACCACCGGCACACAGACCACCCAGACCAUCAGCGUCGGCCUGCAGACAGAGACCCUGCGCAGCAUCACCAGCAGCCCACACAAGUGUCUGACGCCCAAGGGGGGGUCCACGCCUGUCUCUUCGCCGUCCCGAAGCCUGAGGAGCAGGCAGGUGCCGCCGGUCAUCGAGAAGGUGCAGGCUAAGUUUGAGCGCACCUGCUGCUCCCCCAAGUAUGGCUCUCCCAAGCUGCAGAGGAAAGCCCUUCCCAAGUCAGAGCAGCCGAAUAACCGGGCUCUGCCCGGCACGCCUCAGAAGGGAUUCAGUGAGUCCGCCUGGGCUAGGUCAACUACUACGAGGGAGAGCCCUGUCCACACCACCAUCAACGAUGGCCUCUCCAGUUUGUUCAACAUCAUCGACCAUAGCCCUAGCCCCAUCUUUCACGACACCUUCCAAAAGUGUCCCAGGUCUGGCAGCCGGUCCAGGUCAGCAGAACCCAGACCAGAACUGAGCCCCUUGCAGGAGCCCUGUACAAAUGCCCGCGGCAGAUCACCCAGUCCCCUCCGCUUGGGGACAGAGGCGCAAAAGGAAGAAGGGACUGAGGUGACAAGCAUCAGGCAGGACUUAUCCGCUCCUCCAGGGUACACGCUCACAGAAAAUGCUGCCAGGAUCUUGAAUAAGAAACUUUUGGAGCAUGCCUUAAAGGAAGAGAGGAGGCUACCUUCACACAGCCCACCAAAUCUUAGCAAUGACAACAGCACAGGAGAAAUUGUCAAAGUAGAUCCAGGGUCCAUAGAGGAACUACCUUGUUCUGCACUAGCCCCAUCCCUCCAACCCUGCUUCUCCCGGCCAGAGAGACCAGCGAACCGUCGCCCGCCGUCGCGAUGGGCUUCACAUUCCCCUACUGCCUCACAGUCGCAGUCCACCGGAGACCUGACUUCCUUGGAGGAGAGUGGAAGCAAGGAGCCAUGGGCAGAGACCCCCAGCCAGGGAGGCGAGCCAGCCUAAAUCCAUACAGGAAGAGCAGGGCUCCGACUCGCCUGGGCCAGGUUGCCCGCCAGCUGUCUCUGCCAGCGAGGAGAGAGGUCCGCUCGGAGAGGUCCAAGAAUGUUCUCAGAUGCAGCUGCUGAAUGUCCGACCUGGGAAACAAGAGGUGUUUCUAGAAUGAAACAGUUAAUGUGCCUGUAAUAACUUAACAUUUUCAUUUUGGCUUGUUUUUUCUUUUUUUUGGUUGUUUUUUUUCAUAGCUGAUAAAACUAUUUUUGUCUCCAUCUUUUCUACAUACAGUAUCUUCACACAAAAAAACAAACACCCAACCAAACAAAAAAAAACCACAAACAGAACAAAAAAAAAGCCAAACCAAAAUGUAAAGAACAAAGGAAAAGGAAAAAAAAAAGGUACAACUGAUCUAAAGCAAGAUUUAAAAUCACAAAAAGCAAAGUACCUGAAGUUCUAAGGGAGUUUGGUUACGUGCUCGCGCUCUCUCCAAAUACUGACUGCCUUUUGGUUAUAUUUGCACUGUUACAUUUUGAGUUUGGGGUCUGAAGGGGUUGGUUUUUGUUUUGUUUUUUUGGGUGGGGAGGGUUGUUUCCUUUUUAUGAUGAUGAUGAUGAUGGUUUCGUGUCAAACGAGGGUCUUAAGUUAAUUUUAUUCUGUUUUUAAUGUUAGUGUUGUGAGUUUUUAAAAGCAAAGGCUCUUGGAGGUGCUUCAACUGCCUGAAGCGAGACCUUUUAAAGUAGCCAAGAAAGCCAUCUAAGCUAGUUCACUAGACUGGUGUGAAUUGAGGGGGAAAUACAGGUAAAACAUAAGGAAAAAAAAGGUGUAGUAGCCAAGAAAGCCAUCUAAUGCUAGUUCACUAGACUGGUGUGAAUUGAGGGGGAAAUACAGGUAAAACAUAAGGGAAAAAAAGGUGUAGUAGCCAAGAAAGCCAUCUAAUGCUAGUUCACUAGACUGGUGUGAAUUGAGGGGGAAAUACAGGUAAAACAUAAGGAAAAAAAGGUGUUAAUACAAAUAGAUGGAUACUAAAAAUGAAGGGGGGAAAAAAAACAACCCCAACAAACCAAGCAGGAGAUGAAAGGAUGCCUCAGAAAGUCUUCUGGAGUUAGCUGUAAAAUACACCUACGAUACUUGACUUGCAUGCCUCUGGGUCCUCGCACUUUAGUGCAUGUACAUACUGCUCCUGUACCAUCACCUAAAUGUGAGUCAACCUGUUCCACUGUUCAUAUUGUUGUGAAUUUACCUGUACUGUACUUUUAUUGUUGGUAUUCUUGCAUUGACUAUUAAAAGAAUCCUCUCCCUCCCCCCAAAAAAAAAAAGCCAAAACCAACCAAACAAGAAAAAGAGUUUUUAAGUCAUUAGCAGUUCAACUGGCGUUUACCGAGGCCUUCCUUCCCUUUGGGAAACCCCUUGGAGCCCUCUGGGUGGUACUAAAUUGUUAACUGGUCUUGUUGCAGGGUCUGUUGGAGACCAUGUGAAGUGGAAAUAAAAACCCACAAAACCAAA